AUGGCUUUCUUCCUCCGGCGUCCGUUCGCCGUAUCAUCGGCACUUCGUGAGGCUCCUAAGCUCUCCAACACUGCUCGCUUCAUUCACAGCUCUCCAUUCAAGCCCCAGGCCUCCAAGCCCUUCGGUGCUCAGUCCUCUAUCUUCACCAAAUCUCGCCAGACCUUUCAAAAUGCCUUCCGCCGCACCUACAUGCAGCAAACCUUUGAUUCUCAAAGUGGAAAUUUCACCCAGAAGCUGAUCUAUGGCGGUGCCAUCGUGGGUGGUACCAUCUUGGCCACCAAUUUCAUCUUCAACCGCGAGACCCGUGAGGACGGCGGUAUGCCUGCCUAUGAGCGCAGCUUCCUCAACGAGACUUUCAUGCACACUGGACUUGGUAUUGGUAUUAUCGCUAUUGCUGCCCGUGCUCUGCACACCAGCGGCUGGUCGAUGCGUCUUAUGGCUAUGAACCCAUGGCUUGUCAUGGGUGUCGGUUUGGUCGGCAGUAUUGGUUCGAUGUAUGGAACUUUCUACACAUCCCCGGACAACUAUGUUAUGAAAUACGGCUGCUGGACCCUCUUCAACCUUACUCAGGCUGCUCUCCUCUCACCUCUCAUGUUCAUGAACCCUGCUAUCCUGGCUCGCGCUGGUCUCUACACCGUUGGCAUGAUGGGAUCUAUUGCUUUCGUUGGUGCUACUGCUAAGCAGGAGAAGUAUCUCUACCUUGGAGGCCCUCUCCUUGCGGGUGUUGCUCUCGUCGCUCUUUCUGGCCUUGCUCCCAUGGUUCUCCCCGCCACUGCUGCCCGCACUCUGAUGUGGUCGGAGCGUAUCUGGCUGUACGGUGGCCUGGCUGUCUUUGGUGGCUUCACCCUCUACGAUGUGCAGAAGAUCUUGCACCACGCCCGCCUGGCUGAGCGUGGCUACAUCAAGCGUGAUGUUGUCAACGAAAGUGUGAGCCUUGAGCUGGACUUCAUCAACAUCUUCGUCCGUAUGGUCCAGAUUCUGGCCAUGCGUAGCAACAACCGGAAGUAA